GUGUAGACGUCACGCUGCGCGACACAAGCUAGUGAAACGUCGCUAAUGUUUUAACGCUUUAUUAAAGUUCAUAAACUUGAAUUAAAUUACUAAAGUCGCAUUAUAAUAAAGUCACAGGAGGUUUAUAAUCAUGGCGUCCACAGCGGCGGGCAAACAGAGGAUCCCGAAAGUGGCAAAGGUGAAGAACAAAGCCCCGGCAGAGGUACAGAUCACCGCAGAGCAGCUGCUCAGAGAGGCGAAAGAGAGAGAGCUCGAGCUUCUGCCUCCUCCACCCAAACAGAAGAUCACUGAUGAAGAAGAGCUCAAUGACUAUAAACUGAGGAAGAGGAAGGGCUUUGAAGACAACAUCAGGAAGAACAGAACAGUCAUCAGUAACUGGAUCAAGUACGCACAAUGGGAGGAGAGCCUGAAAGAGGUCCAGAGGGCUCGUUCCAUCUACGAGCGUGCACUGGACGUGGAUCACCGCAACAUUACACUAUGGCUGAAGUACGCAGAGAUGGAAAUGAAGAACCGGCAGGUGAAUCACUCUCGCAACAUCUGGGACCGAGCCAUCACCAUCCUGCCUCGCGUCAAUCAGUUCUGGUACAAGUACACGUAUAUGGAGGAGAUGUUGGGGAACGUUGCAGGCUGCAGGCAGGUGUUUGAGCGCUGGAUGGAGUGGGAGCCGGAGGAACAGGCCUGGCAUUCAUAUAUCAACUUUGAGCUACGCUACAAGGAGGUGGACAAAGCCCGCAGCAUCUAUGAGAAAUUUGUGAUGGUCCAUCCUGAAGUGAAGAACUGGAUCAAGUAUGCUCACUUUGAAGAGAAGCAUGGCUACAUCGCUCUCGGGAGGAAAGUGUUCGAGCGAGCCGUGGAGUUUUUUGGUGAAGAUCACAUCAGCGAGAACCUCUAUGUGGCUUUUGCCAGAUUUGAGGAGAAACAGAAAGAGUUUGAGAGAGUUCGGGUCAUCUAUAAAUAUGCUUUGGACCGAAUUCCCAAACAGCAAGCCCAAGAGCUGUUUAAGAACUAUACCGUGUUUGAAAAGAGGUUUGGAGACAGGAGAGGAAUCGAAGAUGUGAUCGUCAGCAAAAGGAGGUUCCAAUACGAGGAGGAGGUCAAGGCAAACCCACACAAUUAUGAUGCUUGGUUUGAUUACCUGCGUCUGGUGGAGAGUGACGCUGAUGCAGAUACCAUUAGAGAAGUGUACGAAAGAGCGAUAGCAAACAUUCCCCCCAUCCAAGAAAAAAGACACUGGAGACGCUACAUCUACCUGUGGAUUAACUAUGCUCUCUAUGAAGAACUGGAAGUCAAGGACCCAGAAACAACAAGGCAGGUAUACCAGGCAUGUCUGGAGCUGAUACCACACAAGAAGUUCACAUUUGCCAAGAUUUGGCUUUUAUAUGGUCAGUUUGAAAUCAGACAGAAAAACUUGCAAAAUGCUAGAAGAGGCCUGGGCACAGCUAUUGGAAAAUGUCCCAAAAACAAGUUGUUCAAAGGCUACAUCGAGCUGGAGCUACAGCUGAGAGAGUUUGACCGCUGCAGGAAGCUGUAUGAGAAGUACCUGGAGUUCAGUCCGGAGAACUGCACCACCUGGAUCAAGUUUGCCGAGCUGGAGUCCAUCCUGGGAGACACAGACCGGGCCAGAGCCAUAUUUGAAUUGGCCAUUGGACAACCACGACUGGACAUGCCAGAGGUGUUGUGGAAGUCAUAUAUAGACUUUGAGAUUGAGCAAGAAGAAUAUGAGAACACACGAGGACUUUACAAGAGACUGUUACAGCGUACUCAACAUGUCAAAGUCUGGAUCAGCUAUGCUCAGUUUGAGCUGUCCAUUGACAGUGAAGAUAGACUGCAGAGAUGCAGACAGAUCUACGAGGAGGCCAAUAAGAGCAUGCAGAGCUGCGAGGAGAAGGAGGAACGCCUGAUGCUAAUGGAGUCCUGGAGAGACUAUGAGGAGGAGUUUGGAACAUUGGCCAACAGAGAGAGAGUCUGCAAACUCCUGCCUGAGAAGGUGAAGAAGAGGAGGAAGGUCACGGCAGAGGACGGGUCGGAUGCAGGUUGGGAGGAAUAUUACGAUUACAUCUUCCCUGAGGACGCCGCCAACCAGCCUAACCUCAAACUGCUGGCCAUGGCCAAGAUGUGGAAGAAACAACAGCAGCAGCAGCAGGAGGAGGAGGAGAAAGAAGAACAAGAAGAAGAACCGCAGGUUCCUCGAGGGCAGGAACCAGGAGAGAACUUGGAAGCAGAGGAGCAGGAACCCAUGGACCAAAGAGAACAGAUGGAAAAUGACGACGACGAUCGUGACGACGAUGAUGAUGAUGAUGAUGAGAGUAGUAGCAGUUCUAGCAGUGAUAGUGAGAGUGGUAGCGACCGUAAAGAUGACAAAGAAAAGACGGAACAAACCAAGACAGACGCAGAAAAACGUUGAACCGGUGUGGUUUAUGAAUAGCGAUGAUCUAGAGCCUUACCCAUUAUUUGUCUUUGUGUUUGUCUCAUUUUUUUGUAUUAAAAUAAAGGUGAGAACCACAACA